UUAAGGCGGUGAAAACGUCAUUGGAUAAGUCAGCUUAAUUCAAUCAAAGUGCUCAAAACCAUUUUUUACUUUGUAAAUUUUGUAUAGCUACAGUUAACUGAUGUGCUGACAUUUUACGUCGUUUUAUUUUCCCAUUCCUUUUAAAAUGUACUUCAGUCUAUAAGCACUCGUUUUGAAUGGGGAAGCAAACUAUAUUCUAUCAAUGGAAUUCAAAUAAACAAAAUAAAAUGAUUUUUCAGCUGCUUCAUAAUUUCCAGUUUUUAUAAUUUUUUUUCUAUAUCUGUACAUAUCUACUUUGAAAUCAAUGAGAGUGUAAAUAGAUAAAUGAAAAAGUGUAUUAUGUGCCGAGUAAUAUACCUAUUUAUUUUUUUCUAAUGUGUAAUCCAUCUGCCUAAAUUUGAAAAAUGUCAAAUGAAAAUGAGGCAUUUUUAAAAACAUAUUUAAUACAUUGCAAUAUUACACAGUAUUAUACAAAUUUCCAUGUUUUACUCAAUUUCAGUUGAUGACUUCUAUACAGGAAGUAUAUAAAAUGAAGAGUAAGGAACAAAUACAAUGCCUUGAUCUGCUAAAAGUGGUCACUGUGCAGUUGGAACAACUGCUCAGGCUGCUUGGAACAACUGGAGUUUGGGUACAUGGUGACAGCGCAGGGUGCGAUGGUAAAACUUUACCUGGAUUUUCAGCUGAUAGUGAAAUACAAGGAAACUCAGAUGGAGAAAAUGAGAGAAAUAAGUGUUUCAGUAAAAUCAUUGACAUUAUAUCAGAGCAAUCUUUAUUAUGCCUUCCCACACCAUCUACCUGCCAGAUAUCACACAAUGUAAAGGAUUGUACAGAGUUCCCUUACACAGCCAGGCAGAGAUAUGUGGGGGAUACUAGUGUUGGUGCUGUGUGUGGCAUACUGGAUGAACUUGUAGACCAAGUCGUUAACCUCAGUCAGUUGGCACUUGCAGCUUCAGAGACGUUUACAACUCAGAGAGGCAGAGUUGUAUCAAAACCUAAUCUGAAGAAAACUAUGGAAGGAAAUGAUGCUGAAAUUGAACCCCGACCUAAAAGAAGACGUGGGCGUCCACCGAAAAAUAAAGAUAGCCAAUACUGCAAGACAGACACAGUGACAAAGAAGAUCAAAAUGAAGGCAUUAAAGACAGCAGGUGAUAGGCAGCGUGUCAAACAGCAGAGACAGACAGUUUCCAGCAAAAGAAAAAAUCCACAUCCAAGAAAGCUCACUCAGUUGGAAAAUAAGGAGACCAAAGCAGUGGAAGAAGAUCCUUCAUUGGCUGUUGAUGAAUUAAAUGAAAAAGAAAACGAUGAAGCAAAUGAUGUAGAUUACAGUGCAUCUGUAGACCAAGGCUCAAUGUCUGAAAAUGAAGAUGAUGAUGAUGAUUACAAACCAGAUAGAAAAAUGAGGAAAAGGCGUUGGAAACACAGACGGAAAAUUGUACAUGUCUGUAAGAUUUGCAAAGAAUGGUUUACCCAUGGACGUUCCUUUAAUGCUCACCUCCAGACUCAUGUUGAAAACCAGGAUCAUGGUGCAAGCUGCCGUGCUUGCAAAACAGAGUUUCCAAACACAGUGCAGUAUAUUCAUCAUGAAUGCAAGGCUCUAAAGGAGAAGAUCAAGGGUAAGCAACGGGACUGCAAGUAUUGCAAUCGUGUGUUCACCAACUACAAAAAGUGGCAAUAUCACAUGAAGACAGUACAUCAUCAAAGGGUGCUGGAUCCAACCUUGUUAUACUGCUGUCUGUACUGUGGCAAGGGCUACUCCAGGAAAUCCUCUCUCUACAUCCACUACAAAGACCAUGCCUUGGAGGGACAGGUUGUUUGUCAGAAGUGUGGUGAAUUUCUGGAUAAUGAAGCAGCUUUCAUAGAACACAACAAAGGCCAUGAAGAGGAGGCACAGUUCUUCUGUGACCUGUGCAAUAUGAGUUUCAUCCGUCGUCAGCAGUAUAAGCAGCAUCUGGAGGCUCACCAGAAAUACACGUGCAAUGUUUGUCAACAGUCAUUUUCAAUCAAUAAACAGCUGAUAAAACAUAAGAAGAUCGCCCAUCGUAUUAAGGGUCCAUCUGAACCAAAGAAGUAUGCUUGUCUGGUGUGUGACAAAAGAUUUGUGAGACCUGGACUACUGGAUAUACACAUAAGACUUCACACAGGUGAGAAGCCCAUAGAGUGUCCAAUUUGCCACAUGUACUUCAGGACUCCCAAAGCAUUUGCCAAACACAAGCAAACACGCACACAUCUUCUGAGAGCUGGAGAGUUACCCAGGGAGAGAGACCAUCUCUGCUCAAUAUGUGGGAAGGCAUUCUUUAGAAAGCAUGCCCUCCAGAGGCAUAUGCAGUACCACAGUGAGGACCGCCCUCACUGUUGUCCACACUGUGAUUUCAAGUGUAAGGAACCAAACAACCUGAAGCGCCACAUUGCACUGCAUUUCUCCUCUGAGAGGAACUUUGUUUGUGAUGUUUGUGGCGCAGCCUUCCACACCAAGAAAACCUUGCAGACACAUCAUGUGUAUAAACACUCAGAGCAGCGAGAGUUCCCAUGCAGUGACUGUAACCUCUCCUUUAAGACCCCAAAUGCUCUGAAAAGGCAUGAGCAUGUUCACAGUAAUGACCGUCCUCACAAGUGUUACUGUGGUCAAGCUUUUCUCCGCCUGUAUAACCUGAGGAGACACAUGAAGCAUCUGCAUGGCACUGAUGCCCCUCUACCCCCUGUGAGGAGACUGAAAACUGUGGACAUGCCUGAGGGGGAGGCUGGCAAGGGAUCCUCCAAGGAUUUUGAUGAGAGAUCUUUUAAUGCCAAGAUAGCUGCUGAUAGAUCCCUGGCUGAGCAAGCGAUGGCCAGUAUUCCUGUGAGGGGUCAGGUGGGUGACCCACAGUUCACAAUGCUGGGGGUCAUUGUACCAAACUCUGAGUCCAGUACUGCUACAUAUGUUCCUAAUGGCUCAGGGACACUGCUCUCUGUGCAGCCUGCCAUUCAGCAACAGCAACCACAACAGCAGCAGCAACAUCUCCCUCAACAGCAGCAAACACAGCCACCACAUGGGAUCCAGGUUCACAAGGUGAUACCUACUGCUGCAUCCCACACAGAGAAACAAGAACAGUCUUUUGUGGAACCAACAGUUAGCCUGUCCCAACAGCAAGGACACAUAGUGGAGCACAUCCCUAUAUCAACGGGCAGUGUUCCAUCUGUGCAGGAGACUUAUCCCACUAUUAACCUCCAGCAUCUCCACCCACAACACGUGGUGUACCAGCCGUAUCCUCCCCCUCCACACCAGCAGGCUAUCUCACAAGAUGGCCACCCUGUGGUGCACCAGUUCUCAGAGCAGCAGGUGCCCCAGGAACGUGUGGACUACUCUCCAGAGGUGUAUGCUGCCAUGACAAGUCUGGUCCACUUCAUGCACAAUGCUCAGUAAUGAGGGACUGGUCAGGGAUACGAGUUCUUGGAAGACCUGGUUUGCUGUGAGAGUUUUGCAUGUGAAUUAGUGUAUAGUUAGUGAAAAGUUUUGUCUUCAUGACCAAACAAGAAUACCAAUGACCUUGUAUAUCAAUUACGCCUUCAUGACAAUAACAAGAAACAAGAAUGCCAAUAGCCUAGUAUAUCAGUUAUAUCAGUAUUUUUUCCUUAUUGAAUAGGAUAUUCGUUGGUACAAUUUUUCAUUGGAGCAACAGUUAUGUUGUCAUCAUUUGUUAGAUAAGUGAAUAUAUUUAUACUUUUAUUUUAAGCACUUGUGUAUUAUACCUCACUUUGUUUGAGUGUUUUUCUCAUGUAGAAUGUUUUAGCUGUUAAAGUAUGGAUUUACUACUGAUGUGAACAAAUGAAGAAUAAGCAUAAACAUUGUCUUGUAGGGUCCUUUUAUUUGGAUACUCUUAUUUAUUUAUUUAUUUAUUUAUUU